GAAUUUACAAGCUUUCUUUCAACUUUAACAGUUAUCAAAACAAUGUCAGGACGUGGAAAAGGUGGCAAAGCAAAGACUGGCGGAAAGGCGAAAACUCGAUCUUCGCGUGCCGGACUUCAAUUUCCUGUUGGACGUCUGCAUCGCAUUCUCCGCAAAGGCCAUUAUGCUGAACGGAUCGGCGCUGGCGCUCCUGUCUACAUGGCCGCUGUUCUUGAAUACUUGGCUGCCGAGGUUCUCGAAUUAGCAGGCAAUGCUGCUCGUGACAACAAGAAGACCCGCAUCAAUCCACGGCACUUGCAACUUGCCGUGCGGAAUGACGAGGAACUUAACAAGUUGCUCUCUGGCGUGACCAUCGCGCAAGGCGGAGUGCUUCCCAACAUCCACGCCGUUCUGUUGCCGAAGAAGACUGCAGGCGAGACUGCUUGA